GGGACAUGAGUUUUGGGUGGAUUUGAAUGUUAUGAAAUUAUAUGAAACUGUUGAGUUUGACCAAAUGCGACGGCUGUCCACACCUUCCUGCCCCAGCUCCAGCUCCAACUACUACACGGUCUGGAAAUACUUCUGCAGGGACCACUUUGGCUGGAGAGAAUACUCCGAGCCUGUUGUAAGACUGAUAGAAGAAGCCAGCUGCCGGGGCCUGAAAGAGGUUCGGUUCGUUACCUGGCAUAACCAGUAUAUCUUAAACAUCAAAGAUGGAUUCCAGCAAAAUGCGUGUUUCAGAAGAGAAAUCAAGAGGAGACCCCUUCUUCGCUCGUGCAUUGUGCUGAUGCCUUUUUUACAGACCUUAGGUGGCAAUUCUCCACUACCCUCUCCAUCAGCUGAACCAGCCUCCUCGCAUGUCUUGUCUCCGACUGCCGUUACCUCUCCGAACUUCUAUCCUGAAACCUGGAUUAGUAUGGAUCCAUCUCAGGACUUCAUCCAAGUGCCUGUUCUGAAGGAAGAUAAAAGCUACAGAACCAUUUAUAACCUGUUUCACAAGACUGUGCCAGAGACCAAAUAUAAAAUUUUGAAAAUUCUGAGAGUACAGAAUCAGUUUCUUUGGGAGAAAUAUAAAAGGAAAAAGGAAUAUAUGUCAAAAAAAAUGAGCGGGCUUGACAGGAUAAUGAACGAAAGGCAUUUGUUCCAUGGCACCUCCCAGGACGUGGUGGAUGGAAUCUGCAAGCACAACUUUGACCCGCGCGUCUGUGGGAAGCAUGCCACCAUGUUUGGACAGGGCAGUUACUUUGCCAGAAAGGCAAGCUAUUCCCAUAACUUUUCCAAAAGGUCACCCAAAGGAGUUCAUUACAUGUUCCUGGCGAAAGUACUGACGGGCAGGUACACGGUGGGUAACCACACCAUGAGGAGACCUCCACCAGUGAACCCUGGCAGCAUUACCAGCGACCUCUACGACUCCUGUGUGGACAAUUACUUUGAGCCUCAGAUUUUUGUCAUUUUUAAUGAUGAUCAGAGCUACCCUUAUUUUAUUAUCCAAUACGAAGAAGUUAGCAACACUGUCUCCAUUUGAAAACUUCUGCUGCUAGGUCGUUCAUUUUAAUAAACUCUCAUAUCUGGCAUUGGUAGCAGUUUUUGUGGGGGGAAAAAAAAAAAAAGAAUUGGACAUUGCAGACCUGAUUAAAUUACUUGCUUGGAAGGAACUAAAUCUCAAAGUAUAGAAAAGAAGAUCUGAAGUGACCAAUCGUGCACUUGCUGUUUGAUUAUGUAUGUGCAAAUUGUAAAUAUUUUUCCAUUGUUUAUAGUUGAAAAUCUGUGCCUUUUGUUAUAAAACACUGUUUAUUUAUGUUAGUAAAUAUUCAUGUUUAAAA